AGAUUCUAUCCCUCUCAUCUUGUAAUGUACUGCUACCAUGAUUUGUUCCAACAAAGCUCACUGGUCGACUCCUAUGGCCAGCGAGACGGCGGUCGCCGGUCUUGAGCUGCGCCAUGAGCCACUCCAUCUCGGCGCGCUUCAAGACCGCCUUCACCUUCACCCCGCCGCCGCCGCCGCAGCCGUCUCUUCUCCAUCCUCCUCCUCCUCCUCCUCUGCUGGUUCUUCCCUCAGCAGGUGGACGAAUCCAUCCUCCGCGGUGGCGAUGGCGAACGGCAUCGGCGCUACCCAAUCCCCUAAGGCCGUUAGCAACCUCGCCCCCGACCGCUCCCCUGACCUGGACAUUGAGUUGCAGGGCUACGAAGGGAAUCAAGUCCCAACCAGAUCUGGGCCAAGAGAACAUCUGCAAAUUGUGCAUAGGAAGAUUCAAAUGUGGGGAGGAGGAUGUUGACUUGAAAAGAAGAUGGAAGAUGGAAAGAAGAUGGAAGCUGAGACUGUUUAAGAUUACUCAUUUGAUUUUUUUUCAAGGAGUUGAGAGAUUUGGGGACUGAUAGCUCUAGAGCACUAGUGAUAAUAUAAUUUCAAGAAUGGGAUAAUUGGGGCAUACCAUCUUAUGCAGAUAUUGUGUUCUUCUUUUGUAUGAUCAAUGCAUGUCUAAAAGCUUUCAAAUUA